AUGAAGUAUUUUCCAUUUUUGUGCUCAUGUUUAAUUUUUUUCGAAUUUACAGAAGCUGCGAUGUCCGAAACUCAGUUAAAAGCAGCGGUUAAGCUUGUUAGGAAUAUGUGUCAACCGAAAAGUAAAGCGACAACUGAGGAUAUUGAGAAGAUGCAUCAAGGGGAUUGGAAUAUUGACCAUACUGCAAUGUGUUACAUGCAUUGCGCUCUCAAUUCAAACAAAUUGAUCACAAAAGAUAAUGUUUUUAACCUGGACUAUGCGUUAAUUUUGGCUGAGAAAAACUUACCCACUGCUCUAAAAGAUGCAUCAAUUGAGGCAGCAAAAUUAUGCAAAGAUGCCGCUAAAACUCUAGACGAUAAAUGUAUCGCUGCUUACGAAAUCUCUAAAUGUUUAUACGAAUCUAAUCCUGAAAAGUACUUUCUUCCGUGACUAUGAAACAGAACUUAAAUAAAAAUUCAAAUUGCUUUAGACACUAUCACAUCAUUUACUACUGUAAGGAAAACAAUAUCACAAUUUAUUUUUUGUUCUAGAAUAAAAUUAGCAAUCGGACUUUAAUUCAUAAUUUAUUGUUUUUAUAAUAUCGUAUCUACACUUCAGUUUACGUAUAUUGCACCAAAAAUAUUGGUGUAGAUAUUAAGUUUAAAUUUCUUUAAUUUGUAAUUUUUGUUUGUCUAGCAUUUUUAUGCAUAAAAUAUUUAGUUUUAUUUUUUAUAAUCAAUACAGGGUGUAACGAAAAGAUGGGGACAAAGAGUAACAUGAGAGUCCCCAGGUCAAAGUAAACCCAACUUACCUUUAUACCAAAUUUUACCGAUUAAAAGUUAGAGGACGCCAAAAUUAAAAAAAUAUUUUUUUUUCAAUAACAUUUUAAGGGAGUACCUAAUCCAUUUUUUUAAAUUGUUAUCAAGGCCACAUGUUUUGGUACUAUUUGUUUUGUUUUAUUGUUACUGUAAAGUACUUAUCUAUUACCAAGUUAACACAUUUUAAGCCAUAUUUUUGUUAUACGUAAUCCGAAUGGCGUAUUUUUUUAUUCGAAAGGCACAUUAUGUUUCAACAAUUUUUGUAUCUUAUAAAGUUUUUGUUUCGGCCUUGGUUUUAAAUAAAAUAUAAUUUAAGUAGACGUGUCAAAA